GCAGGCACAGGGCCUCUUUAACAAAGUCCUCCUCUCUUUGCUCCCUCCCACUUCAUUCACUUGCAAAUCAGUGUGUGCCCACAAGAGCCAGCUCUCCCGAGCCGGUAACCUUCCCAUCCUGGGAGCCGCAGUUCCAGCCGCCGCAGCAACAAACGCGGAGCCGGCGACCGCGGUGCCAGGAGCAGCCUGGGCUGGUCGCAGGGUCUCCCCGGGCGCAGGAGGACGAGCAGAGUUUGGGAGGAAGCAGAAGGAAGCAACUGCUCUGUGCCAAACCAAAGCAUUGGCUCAGAGAGGGCAGUGAGGGAAUAGCGCCACCAGUGUUAGCACUCUGAAGCCUACACUUAGAAACAAAGUGUGGCAGGACACAACCAGAUCACAUAUCCUCUGAGAGCCAAGCAAAGAACACUAAGGAAGAAAAGGGGAAUGAGACUGGAUAAAGCACCGUGAUAACAGGCACUUCAAGGAGAAGGGGCAACGUCUACGGAGAUUCUCUACUGUGUCAUCAGAAUGAGAACUUACCGGUACUUCUUGCUGCUCUUUUGGGUUGGUCAGCCCUACCCGACUUUCUCAACUCCAUUAGCUAAGAGGACUAGUGGUUUCCCGGCAAAGAAAAGGGCCCCAGAGCUCUCUGGAAGCAACAAAAAUGAGCUGAACCGUGCGAAAAGGAGCUGGAUGUGGAAUCAGUUCUUUCUCCUGGAGGAGUACACGGGAUCCGAUUAUCAGUAUGUGGGCAAGUUACAUUCAGACCAGGAUAGAGGAGAUGGAUCACUUAAAUAUAUCCUUUCAGGAGAUGGAGCAGGAGAUCUCUUCAUUAUCAAUGAAAACACAGGUGACAUCCAAGCCACCAGGAGGCUAGACAGGGAGGAAAAACCUGUUUACAUCCUUCGAGCUCAAGCUAUAAACAGAAGGACAGGGAGACCUGUGGAGCCUGAGUCAGAGUUCAUCAUCAAGAUCCAUGACAUCAAUGACAACGAACCAGUAUUCACCGAGGAGGUUUACACAGCCACCGUCCCCGAAAUGUCUGAUGUCGGCACAUUUGUUGUCCAAGUCACUGCAACCGAUGCUGAUGAUCCAACAUACGGCAACAGUGCCAAAGUUGUCUAUAGUAUUCUGCAGGGACAGCCCUAUUUUUCAGUUGAAUCAGAAACAGGUAUCAUCAAGACAGCUUUGCUCAACAUGGAUCGAGAAAACAGGGAGCAGUACCAAGUCGUGAUUCAGGCGAAGGACAUGGGCGGCCAAAUGGGGGGACUGUCGGGAACCACCACAGUGAACAUCACGCUGACGGACGUCAACGACAACCCUCCCCGCUUUCCCCAGAGUACAUACCAGUUUAAAACCCCUGAAUCUUCUCCACCGGGUACACCAAUUGGGAGGAUCAAAGCCAGCGACGCUGAUGUGGGAGAAAAUGCAGAAAUUGAAUACAGCAUCACAGACGGAGAGGGAUUGGACAUGUUUGAUGUCGUCACUGACCAAGAAACUCAGGAAGGGGUUAUAACUGUCAAAAAGCUUUUGGACUUUGAAAAGAAGAAAGUGUACAGCCUCAAAGUGGAAGCUACCAAUCCUCAUAUCGAACCCCGUUUUCUCUACCUGGGCCCAUUCAAAGAUUCAGCCACCAUUAGAAUCACGGUGGAGGAUGUAGACGAGCCUCCUGUCUUCAGCAAAAUGGCCUACAUCCUUCAAAUCAGAGAAGAUGCUCAGAUAAACACUACGAUAGGCUCAGUCACAGCCCAAGAUCCAGAUGCUGCCAGGAAUCCCAUCAAGUAUUCUGUCGAUCGACACACAGAUAUGGACAGAAUAUUCAACAUUGAUUCUGGAAAUGGUUCAAUUUUUACAUCGAAACUUCUUGACCGAGAAACGCUGUUGUGGCACAAUAUUACGGUGAUAGCAACAGAGAUCAAUAAUCCAAAGCAAAGCAGCCGAGUACCUCUAUAUAUUAAAGUUCUAGAUGUCAAUGACAAUGCCCCAGAAUUUGCUGAAUUCUAUGAAACCUUUGUUUGUGAAAAAGCAAAGGCAGAUCAGUUGAUUCAGACCCUACGUGCCAUUGACAAGGAUGACCCUUACAGCGGGCACCAAUUCUCCUUCUCUUUGGCCCCUGAAGCAGCCAGUGGCUCAAACUUCACCAUUCAAGACAACAAAGACAACACCGCAGGAAUCUUAACACGGAAAAAUGGCUAUAAUAGACAUGAGAUGAGCACCUACCUCCUGCCUGUGGUUAUUUCAGACAACGACUACCCAGUCCAAAGCAGCACUGGGACAGUGACGGUCCGAGUCUGUGCCUGUGACCACCACGGGAACAUGCAGUCCUGCACGGCCGAGGCCCUCAUCCACCCCACGGGCCUGAGCACGGGGGCUCUGAUAGCCAUCCUUCUGUGCAUCGUGAUCCUACUAGUGACAGUGGUGCUGUUUGCAGCUCUGAGGCGGCAGCGGAAAAAAGAACCUUUGAUCAUUUCCAAAGACGACAUCAGAGACAACAUCGUCAGCUACAACGAUGAAGGUGGUGGAGAGGAGGACACCCAGGCCUUUGACAUCGGCACGCUGAGGAAUCCUGAAGCCAUGGAGGACAACAAGUUACGCAGGGACAUUGUGCCCGAAGCCCUUUUCCUGCCGCGGCGGACUCCAACAGCUGGCGACAACACUGAUGUCAGAGAUUUCAUUAACCAAAGGUUGAAGGAAAACGACACGGACCCCACUGCUCCGCCGUACGACUCCUUGGCCACCUACGCGUACGAAGGCGCUGGCUCGGUGGCCGAUUCCCUGAGCUCGCUGGAGUCGGUGACCACGGAUGGAGAUCAGGAGUACGAUUACCUUAGUGACUGGGGCCCUCGGUUCAAAAAGCUCGCGGAUAUGUACGGAGGGGUGGACAGUGACAAAGACUCUUAAUCCGUUGCCUUUUUCAUUUUCCGGUACCACACUGAAAGAGCUGUGAAGUGGCAAUUUCUUUAUAUUUAUGCGCUACUCUGUGAAGGGUUUCUCUGUUCUGCCCCUUCCAAAAGUCAAUGGCUGCAGUCUGUGUGGAUCAAAUGUUAGAGACUUGUUUUCUAGUACACUUUUAUGAGCUUCCAAGGGGCAAAUCUUUAUUUUCUAGUGCAUCCAGUUUACCAAGUCAGUCCAACAGGCACCGUGCUAAAGGAGAGGAUAAGGAGCAGAGAUUUCACCUGUUUCCACUGACCUAGUCUCUUUACUACAUUUCACUGAGUCAGGCCAGACGGCAGCCCUAACUGUGCAUUUCACAUGCUAAUGGGGUAAGAAAUUGUGCUUUAAUGGUAAAAAUAUAAUUCUAGCGAAAGAGAUGAGGAAGGAACAACUGUGAUAUUGUUCCUGAUAUAUCAGCUGACAAGGAAACAAUAAAACUAAAUAUGGGUGUGUAUUUCUAUCACAAACGAACUACAAAUGGCAUUUGCCCAUCCUGUUUGUUGUUCAAGAAUCUUUCUGGCACCAACUAUUAUUCAAAAUAUUGAAUCCACCAGUGGAUUCUCAAUCCUCUUCACGAAUGGAAGCAAAUUAAACUGUAGCAUUCAAAAACAACAGCAACAAUUUAGUGAGACUUCAUUCCUUGCCAAUUGUUCACAAUUUGCUGUACAUCAGAUAUGUGAAAGGGUUCCCUUGCACCAUAUAAGGGGGAGACAGGAAAUGGCUAAUAAUGUUAAGGAAGGAAAUAUUUAGCAUAUUUAAAGUUUUGGUCACCACAUAGAUCACUUGAAAUUAUUUCAGCCUUCAGUAGGCUAAAAAGGAAUAAGUCCAAUUGUUUAAAAAGUCCCUGAAUGAAUUUUUCUAAGACAAAUUUUACCUCCUUGCUUGUAGUUUUGGUCAGUAUUAUUCUUAUAUACUUGAAAGUAGCAAUUUGAAGUACAAUAAUUCAUAUUCGUCAGAUACUUUGUACAGAAUUAUUGUGAAUGAGUAAAGUUAGAUUAAAUAAAGCUCAAAUCCUGCUCUUGGAGUUUGAUGGAGAGAUAAAAGCCAGCCUCAUUUAAAUCUAAUACCCCAUCCUUCAUGUCUGGGAACAUCUAUAUAUUUAUAUAACAUGAUAGAUAUAGAUGGAUGACACUGGGAUUGCAGUGAAAAUCUACAUAUUACAUGUUUGGAAGUAGCUUACAAAAGGAAAACUUGAAUCCCUUCAACAAAAGUGGUUAAGAUCAUAAUUAAAAUGAUAGUUGACUUUCAAAAGCAUUCAUAUUUUUCCAUUGUUUUUAACUUUGUUUCCUUGGCAACCCUGCCAUCUUUGUCAUUGAACUAGUGAUAAAGUAAUGGUCUCAAACUACAACAGAAAAGUAAUGUAAAAUCCAUCCAAUCUAUUAUUUUUCUAAUUAUGCAAUUAGCAUCAUGGUCAGUUAUUAUCCAAAGGACCUAACAGAACUGAACUAAUCCUUUUGGCAGGUUCAAAUCAUUUAUUUUAUAAGGCUUUUCUAAUGAUUGUUAUCAUUAGAAUCUUACAUUGUUCAGUGAUCAGAAAUUUCCAAAGGUAUUGUAAUGAAAACAUCCUUUUUUUAAAAAAAAAAACUUUAAAAGCCAACUGUGUAUAUAUAUUAUGUACUUAAGAAUACGCUGACUUCAUUUGUUAGUAUUAAGAAUUUAUUUUCAAUUAACGUUAAUUUUCUACAGAUAACCUUAGUGCAUUUCCAUUUGAGGAUAAUGUCACAUCAGCACAUAUUUCCUAUUUGGAAACACACUGUUUUGUUAAAUUUUAAAAUAGGCAUAUUAUCUAGGAAGUAAAGACAGGAACUUUAAAACAAAAGAAACGUAUUGUUUUUAGUUACCCAUUUUAUUCCUUAUGUUUCCUGAAUGGUUUCCCAUUUUGUAAUAGACUGCCCUGUACACUAAGAAGGUUUUCAUUUUGGGGUUAUUUCCUGCUUAUAGGGUGUUCUUAUUUUAGUUCACACACACGUACACACACACACACACACACACACACACACACACACACACACACACAGAAGAAUGCAAACAAAAUGCUACAAGAGGGCUUCACUGUAAUGAAUCAAUAUAUAUCAUAGUCACAGGUAAGCUUUGAAAAAAAGAUAACUUAGUAGAGUUAAAGUAAUAAGAAUUAGUUAUAUAUAGGAAUAGAACAGCAUCUUAAUCACAUGAUUAACUAUAAAAUUAGAGCUCUCUGUCCUUAUGUGUCAUGUCAUUGUAACAAAUUGAACCAAGAUAGCUCUGUUUAAGAAAAAAAAAGGCAUCCUGGAAAGGUUUCCUUUUGAGUUUUUGGCAUUAAUUCGAAUUUCUGACGGUUGACAAUGGCUGCUUCCAAAUAUUUAAGGAUAAGUUUACUUUCUCCUUAUUAAUGAAAGUACGUUAUACCAGAGAAGAAUAUUUGAGCUGUGAUUAGUAGGGUAUUUUAUCCCACUUGGAAAAUGCCACAUUGUAUUCGGAACAGGUUACUAUGACUAACUAAAAUUAUGUAAAAUUUAGAUGCCCUGAUUUGCUGAACUUUGCUUUGAAAUGUCCAUUUCAGUGGGAUUAAUAAUGUUUACUAUAUUACCACAAAAGCUGAUGAUGAAGUUACUUUUCUAAGAAAUUGAUAAUUUUUGAGACUCAGGAUGAAUAUUUAGUACUAAGGUCCUGCAAAGUAACAAAUUUCAAUGAUAUUUUCCUACAAUUAAGACUCUUUGAUGUCUUCAAAACAAAUAAGAGCCACAGUUUCAUCCUCCUGCAAGAGUCUCACUUCCUUCCCAACAAGAUAUCAGCUCUAACACCAUUCCUUUGUAGAUUUUUUUCCCUUUAUUUUUGUAAGUGCUAGAACCCAGACCAAGAUAGCUGAAUGAUUGCUGGAGAAAAACUAGUUUUCUGCUCAAUUGUCACACUGUCUCUUUCCUGAUAUUAGAUGUUACUGAUGAGGAAGAUGGAAGAAGACUGGGAAAAAGUAACAUUUUACUAUUUGCCUUAAGUGCUGAAAAACAAAAAUUUAUUAAAUAUAAGCAGAUUGCUUUGGUGGGCUGUUUCAAGGACUUGGAGACCUUUCUGACUAUUUCUGUUGCCCUCUAUUCAAAAUGGAAAAUUUUCUUCAAACUGCAAAGAUGUUCCCAAGAAUAAGCUGAAAAUUUAAAAACUUUCAGCCUUUGACCAGAAGUUUAAAGCGCCUUCACUUCAUGACUACUUUCUGUUGAAAGACCUGAAAACAUUUGCACCCAAAUAAGUAAAUAACUCUAAUGAGAGGGAAGUAAAGAUAGUUCCAUAGAAUCAUAAGAAAGGGAGUCUGGGCAUAGCAAAUGUAUGUGGAGUUUUUUUUUUCCUAGAAAUUUCCUAGCUUCUCUAUACAGUUGAGUAAAGGGAGGUUCAGAUCCAAAAUGACUCCAUUUUCAGACAGAACAAAACCUGGCAAUUCAAUUUUAACUCAGUAUUUUUAAAAAUAUGGCUUAGUUUUCAUUAUCAGCUCCCAAAAAGUUGUGUAAAAAGUUUUUUAAAACUAAAUCUCUAUCUUAGAAGAAUCCAAAUAUUAUGGAUACAAGUUAACUUUAGAAUGUUUCCUUUACUUACAUACUACUGAAGUACAUAAAAUUUAGAUGCCCUGAUUUGCUGAGCUUUGCUUUGAAAUGUCUGUUUCAGUGGAAUUAAUAAUGUAUAAACUUUGAAUUGGGCACUCCUUGAUUCUGUAUAUUUGAGGCCCAUAAAAAUCCUAUGCAGGGGAAAGGAAAGGACAGAACUGAUCCCUAAGAGUAAAUUAAAUGUUUAAAUCGGAUACUCUAUCAGCUACAUUCAUUUUCCCCAGGACCAGUAAAAAUUCUUUUACCCUGGUCAGUAGAUAUGAAGUGGUGGAAUUACUUUGGAAGAACUCUACAAAGUCAUGAUCCCUACUAUUUUUAAAGGUAUCCUCUGAAAAGGAUCAUUUCGUGUAAUUUUAUUUUUAUGUUUUUAUCUAGAAGACAUCUUUUUUGAGUUGUGAUAUUGUGGCAGGGGAUUAAAAAAUCCAAGCAGUGCAUUGUGUUUAAAUUAACACUACGAUUUGACCUUCUUUAUCAGAUUAUAAGAGUAGAUAGACUUACCACUUGGUGAAUUGGUCUCAGGAAGAUGUACUAUUUCGUAAGCUCUAACAAGCAGCUUUCUUUUCCAGAGAAUGUAGAAUUACAGCUUGGUCUCCUUAAAAAAAUUCAGGGACUAUUAUGGCUGCAGCAUUUUUAAUCUCCCUUUGGCAUAUUUAUGGAAUAAUUUUCUUAAAGGGGUAAUUCUCUACUAAAAAUAAAAUGCCAGACCCCAACCAUAUUUAACAUGGAGAGCAAUAUCCUCUUAGAAAGGAAAUACGUUGACUUACACACUUGUUCAACAACAAUGAAGAAAUAGCUCAUUUUUAAAGCCAGAAGUUUAUGGUCUCUGCAUCAUCAAUUUAAUUUAAGCAUUGCUGAAACAAUCUUUAAUCUACUCCCUAUUUUGUAAUACCUUAUUUAUUUAGGAUUUUCAUUUUUUAAUUUGGGGGUGGGGAUGUUAGCCCAACAGAGCCAGUAGGAAGAUGAAAGACCUGAAAGGAGGUCAAAUGCAAAGUAAGACUAUUACCCACUGUAUUUCAGACAGGACUGAGGCACUUAGCCAGAGAGCCACUGGGUUAUUAGAUUAAUUUCAAAAGAGCUUUUACAAGUUGCUUAAUUUCGUUUUUUUUUUUUAAACCCAUGGACCACAAACUCAAAUCUCUCCUCAAAUGGGGUUAAUUUGACAGAUGAGGCCUGGACCAGCGUUGCGGAAAAAGCAUUCCACUAUAAUGCAAUCUUGGCCUUACCUUGUGAGACCACACUAUUUAUGUAAAUAUGUCUGGAGGCACCUUCUGCAAGGUUUUAGUUUUCUAUGAUCUAUUAGUUUAGUGGUUAUUAAAGAAUCAAAUGUAUAGAAUUACUAGGCAUUCUGGGAGAAUGCUGUGUAGCAAACGUAAAAUUGAUGUGCUCAAAAGAAGCAUUGGAAUGCUUCAAGCCCACUCUACUAUUUUGUUUGUGAUUCUUUUCAUUGCUUUGAAAGUAAACUGCAUAAGAAUAGGCCUUAUAAAAAAUGCUAUGUGCGUCUUCAGUAGUAACAAGCUAAGGCAAUUUGGCAUUCUCCUGCUGUGAUUUGUGAUUUUUAAACCCAGAAAAUAAAGUUUGGGUAUUGAUUGUUUUUAAUUAAAAGUACUCCCAAGUAUAAAUUGAAACUGCUGCCACACUUGAAGUUUCAGUGGCUGGAGUGCUCAAUUCAUGUCGUUUUUCUCAGUAACAUUCAUGUCUUUAGCAACAGGAACAACUGAUGGAAACAGUCGUUGCUCAGCAUUCAUCAACAUAUCUAGUUAGGCAGAUUUUCAUAACUUCACAGUUUACAUCAGAAAGUUUUCUGUAUUAAAGAACAGGGUUGAGACAAUUACCUUGUAGCUCAGUGUUGCCCGGACCUUUUGUUGCAGUCAGAUGGCAAAUAUGUACUCCUUGAAAUGGUUUCUUUUCUUCCGUUUUGUUUCCUUAGACUUUCAAAUUUGAAAAGAAUGCAAUUUAAAAAGUGAUUUUUCACAAAGAGUAAAUAUGCCUUUUGCAAAUCAAUUUUUGUAACAAGUUAUUUAUACGAUAUUACUUAAUAAACUGUUUUUUUCUAA